CACUAGUCAUCGAUAACCUUCUGCGCGCAACAACACUAAUCUGUAGAGUACCAAGUCCCCGCUGUGGACCUGCACCGGUUCAUGCUAGAUCCCCGUUUUCCAUCAGCCAGCGGGACUUACAGCGUUUAGCCGUCGUCUCGAAUCAUGCGUAUAUGCUCUCAGAAUGUAUGCGAAAAUCACUAACACGACAGCAGUUCUGAACGCUUUUAUCCUUCGCUUGCUUGGCGAAAAGGCGGCUGACUGCAACUCGAUGCGCAGCUCAAACGAUGGCACCGCGAUACCCUACGCACAGCACCGGCACUCCGAGGCCUGCUAUCCGUUAUCUCGUCUAAGUGGUACAACACCUGCUCCUAGAGCAAUAUGUUUCGACAAAUCGACUCUCGCCGCGAGUAUCGCACAUAGUGCGCCGCCUACAUACAAGGAUACGAUAAAGAGCAACAUCAAAAGGGCUCUUUGUCAGGAGGAUGCGGGCACUGCUUCACUCACGGGAGCAGCGUUUCCGUCAUCCCUCCUACAAAUUGGUGGUAGCAGAGCUCUUAUUGGCAGCGGCACCAUCAUCGGGCUCACAAGGAUGCUCUAUCGUAUAACGAAGGAUCGUCAUGCAGACGUCCCUUCAGAGUCUGUAUACUCAGUCUCAUCACCUAUUUCUGUCAAGUGCAUUUCUCCUACACCCCAAGCUGCAGUCUCACUCACGGAGACGCUUAUCCUUCCUUCGUCCAUUCACUACACCGAUCUUCAUGCCCAAGCUGUAGUUCCUCCGACGGGAACAACUCCUCUAUUCUACCCACCGCCUCCACCUGAAUCUGAGCCUUACAACACCGGACAAACCCAAUAGUCGCAGUGCGAUGCAAUACUUACGGUUGCUCGUGCAAUUAAGUUGCUAUCUGGUGUGGUUCAAG